AUGGAUCAAGAAACAAUAGACACAGACUACGACGUGAUCGUAUUGGGUACCGGUAUUACCGAAUGUAUCUUAUCUGGUUUACUCUCUGUAGAUGGGAAAAAAGUAUUGCAUAUUGACAAGCAGGACCACUAUGGUGGCGAAGCUGCUUCUGUGACCUUAUCUCAAUUGUAUGAAAAAUUUAAACAAAAUCCGAUCAGUAAAGAGGAGCGGGAAUCCAAGUUUGGUAAAGAUAGAGAUUGGAAUGUCGACUUAAUUCCUAAAUUCCUGAUGGCCAAUGGCGAACUUACAAAUAUUUUGAUACAUACCGAUGUGACGAGAUAUGUUGAUUUCAAGCAAGUGUCUGGCUCCUAUGUGUUUAAACAGGGCAAAAUUUACAAAGUGCCAGCUAAUGAAAUAGAAGCUAUUUCGUCACCAUUAAUGGGAAUUUUUGAAAAACGUAGAAUGAAGAAAUUCUUAGAAUGGAUUAGCUCUUACAAGGAAGAUGAUUUGUCCACUCACCAAGGUUUAGACUUAGACAAGAAUACCAUGGACGAAGUGUAUUAUAAAUUCGGUUUAGGUAAUUCUACUAAAGAAUUUAUCGGUCAUGCAAUGGCUUUAUGGACCAAUGACGACUACUUGCAACAACCUGCUAGGCCAUCGUUUGAGAGAAUUUUGUUGUAUUGCCAAAGUGUUGCCCGUUACGGUAAGUCACCUUAUUUAUAUCCUAUGUAUGGAUUAGGCGAACUUCCACAGGGUUUUGCUCGUUUGUCGGCUAUCUACGGUGGUACUUACAUGCUAGACACUCCAAUUGAUGAAGUAUUGUACAAAGAAGACACAGGCAAAUUUGAAGGGGUCAAGACUAAACUUGGGACUUUCAAGGCCCCAUUGGUUAUUGCUGAUCCAACUUAUUUCCCUGAGAAAUGUAAAUCCACUGGUCAAAGAGUCAUCAGAGCUAUCUGCAUUCUCAACCAUCCAGUUCCGAACACCAGUAACGCGGAUUCUCUACAAAUUAUUAUCCCACAAAGUCAACUAGGAAGGAAAAGCGAUAUAUACGUUGCGAUUGUCUCAGAUGCGCAUAACGUUUGCUCCAAAGGUCAUUAUUUAGCCAUUAUUUCCACAAUCAUUGAAACUGAUAAGCCACAUAUAGAAUUAGAACCUGCUUUCAAGCUUCUAGGACCAAUCGAGGAAAAAUUCAUGGGCAUUGCCGAAUUAUUUGAACCAAGGGAAGAUGGCUCUAAGGAUAAUAUCUACUUAUCCAGAUCAUAUGACGCAUCUUCCCAUUUCGAAUCCAUGACUGAUGAUGUUAAAGAUAUUUACUUUAGGGUAACAGGCCAUCCAUUAGUUCUAAAACAAAGACAAGAGCAGGAGAAGCAAUAG